AUGAAGCACUUUGUAGAAACCGUGAAGAAGGAUUCGAAGGGGCGCUACGUAGUCAGAUUGCCAUGGCUGGAAAACAAAGAAGUUUUAGCUGAAAACAAAGAAAUUGCUGAGAAAAGAUGCCUUAUCACUACGCAGAAACUUAUUAAAGAAGGUCGUUUUGCUGAUUAUGACAAUGUGUUUAAGGAAUGGCUCAACGAAAAUAUCAUUGAAGAAGUACCUACAGAUGAACUAAAAAAUGACGCACAUUACUUACCUCACAGAGGCGUGUUUAAGAAAGAUUCCACCACGAAUGUGCGUCCUGUGUUUGAUGCAUCUUGCAAAUCAAAGAACUCCUUUUCUCUAAAUCAAUGCUUAGAAAAGGGGCCUAAUUUGAUAGAGGAAGUUCCUCCAUUAUUGAUGAGGUUCCGGAAAAGAGAAAUUGGAGUUGUUUCAGAUAUCAGAAAAGCUUUCUUACAGAUAUCUGUAGCUGAGGAGGACCAAGACUACUUACGAUUCUUGUGGUGGGAGGAUUAUCCAGGAAGAAAAUUUAAAGUAUACCGUCAUCGACGUGUAGUAUUUGAACUAACUAGCAGUCCGUUUCUUCUAAUAGCUGUUUUGAAAUUGGUGUUGGAUGAGAAUAAACUUCGUUUUCCAGAAACUGUAAGAAAAUUAGAGAAAUCCUUUUACGUAGAUAAUUGUAUCACCUCCGUAUCCGACGAGGAGGAACUCAUGAAAUUUAUUCGAAAAGACAAAGAGAUGUUAUCUAACAGCUGUUUCGAUUUAAGGGGUUGGGAACAUACCUCUAUAACACUUACAAACGAUAUGGUAAAACCUAUACCUGUUCUUGGUCUAUUGUGGGAUAAUCAUGCAGACGUUCUAUUUUGCAAUGUAGAAAAUAUUAAUUUGAAAGGAGAAUUUAUCACCAGAAGAGAUAUACUUUCUGCAGUACAUAGAAUUUUUGAUCCGAUAGGUGUGUUGUGUCCAGUGACCGUCCGUUUGAAACUUAUUGUACAGGAAAGUUGGACACUAAAGUUUGGAUGGGAUGAAAUAUGA